AUGGCUACUCCAGCCCUCCCAUCACACCCAGGUCCAGAUCAUCAAGUUUCCGUCAAGGUUCUUUACAACGACAGCAACCGCCGCUUCAAAUUACCUUUGAAGGACCUCCAGGCUCAGGUCCUGCCCCAAAAGCUCCGCUUGCUUCUCGGCGUUCCGGCAAAUGUCAACGUCAUCUUCGAACGCUAUUCUGACAGCGCCGGUAACUACAUUCGCCUAGACGAAGCCAACCCCUCCGUCUACAAACAACUCUACCGUGCUGCCAAAGCCAAGUCCAAGCUUCGCAUCAAGGCCACCGUGGUCGAGACCUCGGUGUCGGCACCUUCAGACUUCUCUAUCCCGGCCCAGCCGUCCUCUCUAAGCCCUCCCCGUUACAGUUACCUUGAGACCGUCCUCAGCUCACCCAUCCCCAUGGCUCAUCCCGAGUCUCUCCCUGCCACCUCUGAGCUGUCAACCACCUCGAUCGAGGUCGAUGCCUUCCCGCCUCAGUCGAUGCAGACUUCCGUUCAACCUCCUCGCUACCGGGACUUUGAGGCUGAAGACAAGAUCCGCUUCCCCGUUAUCUCUCACAGCUCCCCCAACGGCAUGUUCUGUAUUGACUGCAACAACUGUGGUCGAUCUAUUGCCAACGAGCACUAUCACUGCAGUAUCUGCGAAUAUGGUGACUACGACGUGUGCCCACAGUGUAUCGAGGCCGGUGCGUCGUGCCGUAGCGAUGGUCACUGGCUGAUCAAGCGGAUGGUGGUGAACGGUGUCGUGACCAACAGCACCACCGAGACAAUUCCACCUCGUCAGACUCAGGCCCAGGCCCAGACUGAGGUUAAGGCCCAUGAGACCCCCGAGCUUACCGAAGAGGUUGCUCCUGUGCAGGAAGAGGAAGAGAUCAAGCCCCAUAUUGCAGUGUGCCCGGCCUACGAGCCUUCCACCUCUGAACAGGUUCAGGAGAUGGAGGCCUCUCUCAAUCCUGGCCUUUCGACCCAGUCUGAUAUCGCUAUUCAGGGCGAUGAGCAGCCUAUGUGCAAUGGAUGCUGCCGUGAGGUCGACGAGAGCAACCUCGUGCGUUGCAAUGACUGCGAGGAUUAUGAUCUCUGCCUUCGUUGCCUCCUGCGCAACAAGCAUGGCCAUCACCCUGCCCACACCUUCUCCCUUGGCUCGGACCGUAACUUCUGCUUGAAGAACCUCAUCAUGUCACGCUGCCUUCCUGGCCGUCAGUUCAAGCAUGCUGCCAUCUGUGAUGGAUGUGAGAAGCGCAUUAUCGGUACUCGCCACAAGUGCCUGUCUUGCCCUGACUGGGACUACUGCACCAGCUGCAUCCAGAAGGCCCACCAGAACCACCCCGGCCACCGCUUCGCUCCUAUCUACGAAGCUAUUGGUGAGCAGCCUCGUGAAUCCGAGGUCCACUUUGGCAUCUUCUGUGAUGGCCCACUGUGCAAGGACAAGCCCGCUCAGAGCUACAUCACCGGAGUUCGAUACAAGUGUGCCGUCUGUGACGACGUUGACUUCUGCGCGAGCUGCGAGGCCCAUCCCAACCACCAGCACAACCGCACCCACCCCCUGGUCAAGUUCAAGACUCCUGUCCGCACCGUGACGGUCAGCACUAUUACCGAGGACGACGCUGUCCCUGGCCGACUUUCUCUGGGUGACCAGCCCCGUGGUACUUUCGACUCUCCCUCCGUUGCUCUGCAUGAGGAGGUCGAGGAGAAGAAGCCUGUUGUUGUGGAGCAGGCUCCCGUAGAGGUGGAAGCCACCAAACCCGAGCCAGCUUGGCCCGCCCCUUACUCCCCCGUCCCUGCCGUUGAGGCGCCCGAGGUGACCGACAAGCAAGACUCGGACAACUACAAGGCUUACUUCGUUCGCGAUGCUAUCGCUGACGGUACCAAGCUUCCUCCCAACACUAUUUUCCGCCAGACUUGGACCCUCUUCAACCCCGGCCCUCUUGCCUGGCCUGCUGGUAGUGACGUCCGCUUUGUCGGCGGAGACACCAUGUUCAACGUUGACUCUAGCCACCCAUCGAGUGUCGAGUCCAUCCGCUGUGCGAUGGAGAGCAACAAGCUCACUACCUCCCUCGGUCCCGGACAGAGUGCCGACUUUAGCGUGACCCUUCGCACCCCUCGCCGUGAGGGCACCGCUAUCUCGUACUGGCGUCUGAAGCUCCCCAACGGUAUUCCCAUUGGUCACCGAUUGUGGUGCGAUAUUCAGGUGCAGGGUGUUGUGUCCCCUACCCCCUCGGUCGCUGAGCCAAUCAAGAAGGCUAUUGAGGAGCUGGCCGAGACCGAGUCUUCCACUGAACCUUCCGGUAGUGGUAUGAUCUUCCCUAAGCUGGAGAAGGAAUCUCCCGAGUCUAGUCUUCAUGAAGCCGUGUCUUUGACCCGCCAGGCCCCGACUCUGUCGACCGCUUCGGAGGGAGAUGUUUUGGAAGAUGUGGAAAGCCUCACCUUGGACGAGGUCUCCACCGACGCUGGCUUCCUGACCGACGAAGAGUAUGAUGUCCUGGAUGCUAGUGACCAGGAGUUCCUGGAGGCCAAGCAGUCUAUUCACUAG